GUAUUAAAUCGAAUUCCACCCUCAUUUAUGUCACAUGAACAACCCAAACAUAGUCGAAAUCAUGUUCUUCGUGCUCUUUCUCAUCUGGGUCUCGCUGCGACAUACGAGUUAAAUGGCAAAUUGAAGUAUGCAUUUCAAUUAUAUACUAACGCUUUAUCAAUGUUCGAACAUGCACACGAUGGAUUAAUUGAUAAGCCACUUGAUAAAUAUUUACCUGCAGGACAUCCGAAUCAAUCGCGUAUUCGACAAACGAUAGCUAACAUCAUAGAAAUAUAUCAUUAUAAACCAGCUGUGGCUUUAGAAGAUUACAAAGACUGUUUGGCAAAUUAUUUAUGUACGCUACCCAUGUCCUCGAAAUCGCUUCGGUUUGGAUGA